UUUCGGUAUAUUUCUGAGGGUCAGAAAGUAUAUUUGAUCGAGGAGCCCGCGGUCACACUGCCUAGAACUCGUACAAAGAAAAUAGAAAUCAAAAAAAUAAUAAUGAAGUGAUUUGACGUCGAAAAACGCAGCAAAUACAAUUGUUGGCGCAACUUAAGUGCUGUGCCUAGGCAAUUAGUGCUACGCAUGCAACGCAGGACAGUUGGAACCAAUAUUAAAACGAAAGACAAACUCGAGCGCAUCGCAAUAGGAGCGAGGUAUUUUGCUGGCUGACAAGAAAAAGACACACACCAUUGAGUCACUGGCGGAUAGCAAACAAAUCGUGCCCAAAAUGAGCUGUAAGGUGCGAUUGAUGGAGGACGGCUCACUGGACGAGGAGCCGCUGACACUGAAGGAGAUUGCCUACCAGAAGCUGUGCAACAAUCUGGACAUCAUCAGCAGCUGUCGGCCGGACAACAAUCAACGUCUGCUGAAUGCCGGCAUUGUGCUGCCCAAUGAGAUAUGCGAUGGCUUUCUGGAGAACUAUCAGAGGUUCAACAGGCCCCUGGACGAUAAUGUCAUAAAACUAUUCGAAGACACACAGCGCACAUCGCUGAAGAUUGUUAAUCUACGCAACAGCACACUCAGCAGCAGGGGAUUGGAGACUCUGAUGCGCCACAAACUGUUUGCCCUGUCCAUGUGGUAUUGCGACAUGAUCACCGUGAACUCGCAUCACCUGCUGGCCCACUAUGGCGACAGCUUGCGCUCCUUGGAGCUGGGCAUUAGCUCCCAUCUGCUGCAGUAUGCCGAGCCGAAUGAGAAGGAGCCGGUGGACUUUCAGCUGACAUGUCCGCAUCUGCGGCGUCUCGUCCUCAACGGCGUGGUGAUGCACCAUCGUCUGCAGUUCGCCCAUCUGCAUGACCUGGGGCAUCUGGACCUCACCUCCUGUGUGCUGGCAAACUUCAGCUUGGAGGCGUUGGUGAUGCUACCGAACCUCCACACCCUGAUCCUGUUCAAUGUGUGGCCGAUCGCCAAUCAACUGCAUGCCAUCUGCUGCCUGCGGCGCCUGUGCACGCUCGACAUCUCCAUAUCCAGCUCGGGUAAUGGCCACGGCACUUACGAUCUGCCCGAUCAGACGCUGGAAAUGCUAAUGGAUAAUCUGCGCCAUCUGACACACCUGGAUAUCUCAGGCACGAAUUUAGCCGGCAACGGGGUGGCCACCAAGGAGUCCACGAAUGCCAAUGCCAAUACGAAAAUGGAACAGCAGCACUUUGCCCUCACGGACAUACCAGGCCUGGCGUCCCGCACCCAACGACCGCUGCAGUUCCUCGGGCUCUACCAUACGGCCCACUGGGCAUGCAAGCGCCACGAUAUACCCGCACUCGAGGUGGCUGGCGAUACCAAUGAGCAGCAAAUACUAACAGCAGCUCGUUACUACCACGACAGACCCGUCCUCCUGACAAGGGUACUCAACGAUCUGUACCAUCUGUUUCGAUUUGAGAACUGCAAGGACAUACACACAGCACUGGAUGCUGUGCUCUCAGCCAUGGAUCGGCAUCUAAAGUUCAAGCACAUGCAAAUCUCUGGGAGUGCCACACUAUUCUACAUCGUUAAGGGCAGGGAGCGCUCAAAGUUUGGCACUUUGCUGCGCAACCACAUCAUACGCACGCUGCUCAAUGGCAUGGAAAUGCAUCACACGGACGAUACAAUGCUGCGGAAUGGAUAUCUGACUCUUACACAGUUCCACAUGCCAGCCGAUGUGCUGUUUGAGUACGAACGUCUGAUUAAGAUACUGCUGCACGGGGUGUCGGAGACAGAGCAGGAGGGAUUCGUUCAGCGUAUUGCCAUCUAUUUGCUGAACACUCUGGCCUGCCAGGUGGAUGGACGACAGAAGCUCUUCCUGGGCGAAUUGGGUGUAGUUAAUACCAUGCUGACGCUGAUCAAGGAUCGCCUCACUCGCUCCGUAUUCGAUGAUGUCAUGGAGGUGGCCUGGUCCACCAUGUGGAAUGUAACCGAUGAGACUGCUAUUAAUUGUAAGAGAUUCCUCGAUGGACGCGGCAUGGAGUAUUUCCUUAAAUGUUUACACACCUUUCCCGAUCGCGAUGAGCUGCUGCGUAACAUGAUGGGGCUGCUGGGCAAUGUGGCAGAGGUCAAAUGGCUGCGCCCCAAGCUGAUGACACAGGAAUUCAUAGAGGUGUUCGCCCGUCUGCUGGACUCCUUGAGUGAUGGCAUCGAGGUGGGUCGAGCGAAUGCGAUUGCGAGACGAGGGCGACUAGAGAAUGGUAAUGUUAACCGUGCUAACCUGCGCUUCCAGGUCAGCUACAAUGCGGCUGGUGUGCUCGCGCACAUUGCAUCCGAUGGGGCCAAUGCCUGGACCAUCAAAUCGCCCAGCCGGGAGCAUGUGCUGCAACGCAUGGUGGCAGCCAUUGAACGAUGGAAUAUCAAGAGUGAACGGAAUAUCAACUAUCGCAGCUUUGAGCCCAUACUCAGUCUGGUGCGCUGCUAUGAGACGCCGCAAUGCCAGCACUGGGCCGUCUGGGCAUUGGCAAAUCUGACACAGGUUUAUCCCGAGAAAUAUUGCCAGCUGGUGGAGCAGGAGAAUGGCAUACAGAUCCUGAACGAGCUGAUCGAGCAUGAGAGCCCCUACUGUGAGAUCAAGCGCAUUGCCCGUUUGGUCAUCGAACAGUGCGAUUCGGGGUCGGGAUCAGAGCGUAUGGUCGAGGGCUGAGCCAGCGCUCCAACAUCAACACCAACAACACCAACAACAACAACAGCAACAACAACAACAACAACAACAACAAGAACAGCAACAACAACUGCAACUCCAUCUAAAUAAUUAAAUAUUAGAAGAAUACAUCGCGAUAUGAUAUGAUAUGAUUAAUUGAUUGAUCUAUAUCUAUAUCUGUGUCUGUAACUGUAACUGUAACUGUAGGACUUUGAGUUUUUGUUGUACAAUUUUUGUACAAUUUGAAUAGGCUUUCUCUUUUGUCCUUUCUCCUUAUCCCUCUCUGUUUCGUACUUCGUAUUUCGUAGUUAAGUGAAAACGUGUUAUAUUGUUCAAGAGAUUCUUACCCCGACUUUUAAUGUAUAAUUCGAGUGCGAAGAGAAGAUAAUGAUGCCCCGAUGAAGGGCAGCCGGAAGACGACAGCAAAUAAGCAUAAUAUCCCCCGAUACAUAUACAAUUCAUAGACUACUAUACACAUAACAUAACAUAUAUAUAUAUAUAUAUAUCUGAUAUAUAAAUUGUUGUAAGGCAAGCAAGAUUAUUUUAGGCCCCAUCGUGAGGAAUGUACAUAUUGUUAAAAACCGAGAAAACGUAAGAGGAUCGUAGGAGGAACGUACGAAACGUAGCAAAAGAAAAGGCAAAAGCAUGAGGCAGCUCCAGAUUAAAGAAACAAAAUCCUUAAACUGUAAUCCGAGUCUUUCUUUGUCUUUAAGCUGUAUUUAAAGGAAAACAAAAACAAAAACAUACAUACUUAUAUAGGUACAUAUGUAUAUCUGUUCGAUUCUGUUCCUAGAUUUUCGUUUAUUCCGAUGCUUCCUUCCUGAUUUCGUUAUUGCAUCCGUUCUGCAUGGAAUACGAUAUUUGAUAUGUUUUCUAUAUUAAGUAGAUCCCUAGAACAUAAGUCUAUAAGUAAUGACUGUAAAUAAUUGCGUGUAACAAUUUUUUUUAUAGUUUUUUUUUCCCCCCCUCCUUGGCAUAAAUAAUAUUUAUAACAUUGUAUGUUAUCAUUAGUUACACCUUAAA